GUUUUCUCCCGCGUGUAUCGAGGAGUUCUGGGAGCAAUAACAAGCAGUCUCAGGUUGAAAAUAUGCAAGAGAGACAUUGCGUCCAUUCGCCAUUCGCCAUGUUGUAGAGUUCUGGAACCAGAUAACCACAAAUGUAAAAAGAACCUGGUCUAUAUCAUGUUUACUAGUCCAGCCCUAAAUUGCCAAACACUCCACCAAGUAGUCCCCCAACUCUCUCUCAUAUUUCAUUUCCCCACCUCACAGUUUUUAUUUCAUUUUACACCCAUCGUCACAGUCACAGGCAGGCCCACACUCGCUUUCUGCAGUAACAUAUAUAGUUUACAAUCGACCACACUAACAAAACUUACCACAACAACCUCCUCACCAGCCAAUUCUCUCUCGACGCAAAAAUGUCACCUCCUCCAACCAAAGCCAUCGUUCUCAUCUCUGGAAAUGGCAGCAAUUUGCAAGCACUCAUUGAUGCUUCGCAAGGGACCAAUGACUCGGAAAUCUCCUUGCCAUAUUUGAAGAUUAUUCGAGUUAUCACAAAUAGAAAGGCGGCGUAUGGAGUUACUCGUGCAGCAGAGGCGGGCAUCCCAACAACAUGUCACAAUUUGCUGACGGGAAAAUACCACAAGAAGGAUGAGAAGGACCCCGCAGUGAUAAAAGCUGCACGAGAAAAGUAUGAUGCGGACCUUGCGGAUCUCGUGAUCUCAGAACAACCUGAUAUCAUUAUCUGUGCUGGCUGGAUGCAUAUCCUCGCACCAACAUUCAUUGACCCCCUGACUGCUAAAAAGAUACCAAUCAUAAAUCUUCACCCAGCACUUCCAGGCAAAUAUGAUGGAGCCAAUGCCAUUGGACGUGCUUUCAAUGAUUUUGAACAGGGCAAGUUGGAGAAUAACAAGACGGGUCUCAUGAUUCAUUAUGUGAUCAGUGAAGUUGAUCGUGGAACACCAAUAGUGGUCAAAGAAGUGGAGUGCAAGACUUCUGAAUCGUUAGGGGAACUUGAAGCGAGAAUGCACGCAGAGGAGCACAAACUUAUUGUUGAGGGAACAGCGAUGGCAAUCAAAGAGCUCUGGGCUCAUAGGAGUAGUGUAAAUGCUUGAAUUGUUAUUUAUCAUAAUAGCAACCAUUAACGAACCCCCUAUCCCCCUUUCGCAUAGCGCUUCAUGCUGCUAUUCAGCAAGCAAAAUCAUCCACGCUUGAAACCAUUCAAUCUCUCAAACCCAAACA